AUGACGCGUUUUCAGUUUGGAGGAAUUAGUGAGUCUGUAUUAAGAAGUCCAUCAUAUACGAAAUAUGUUAAAGAUAUAGAUGAAACAAUGUUAAAAUCACCGAAGCCGAGAAAAAUAACAACAGCGAAUCGUUUAUCGUCAAAUAAUAAAGAGAAUAAUGAUCCUGCUGUCGUUAAACAUCCGUAUUCGUUAGAUCAUUCAGAUGAAUAUGAAUUGAAUGAGGGUAAUAAUCAAAAUGUUUUGGUUACAGAAGAGCAACCAUCACAAGAAAACGUCACAACAGAAGAAUUAAGUAGCAAACGUAAACGAAGUCAAACAGCGAAAAGAGCACAAUUAAAAAUAAAAAACUAA